AUGACCUUAGAUAAUGACCAAUCACACGUGCUUUCUGUUACAGGACGAAUACACCAAGCCAUGGUCACGUCGUUGAAUGAAGAUAAUGAGAGCGUCACCGUGGAGUGGAUAGAAAAUGGAGACACCAAAGGGAAAGAGGUAAAGGAACCCAGCUAGGACCUAGAGUCACAGCUGGCGUCCGCUCAGCUCUUAGGCAUUGAGCUCUAUGAAUAUUGCAUCUGAAGACAUUCUAGAGCUUUUGAGAUUACACAAUCCUCCUGCAUGUUGUACAGUUCCGCCAGACAUCACUCGCUGCCCUGAAUAUACAUGAGUUCAGAGAGCCUUACAGCAGUCAUAUUUCCUGAGCUUUUCUGUUGAAUACAGAUGUGUUACUUGUCCUACUGCUCUCUGCUCCUCUGAGCUACACAGAUGCGCCUCCCUGCCCUCCAUACACUGUAACAUAUAAGGCACAUUCUUCACAUGCCAGCUCAGCUAACCAAACCAUCAGGCCUCCUAUCUUACUAUUAUGAGAAAUCAAAUUCAACAAUGCCAGUAAUGCUUUCAACUGGACUUUUGCUUUCAAAAGCAGCUCAAACAUAGAACUGUUAGUUAUUGCUGUGCAUUACAGAGAAAUAAUGCACACUAGAUUGCCCUUUCAGCCAAUCAGAAACGAAUAUUCAACAAUGCUGUGGUAUAAUGUUGUGUAAAGUAUAUUGUGUUAAUUCUCCUGUUGAAUAUUGACUUGAAGAAUAUGGCUCAAAGGACCAUUAAAAAGGGCGCCACCAACUUGUGGUGAACUCUGCAAGAGGUGCCGGUGACAUAUAGGUACAAUUGUCUCUGUUAGAAGGUGUGGUAAUGACCAUUAGGAAACAGAUAUACAUUGACAGUCCACACUUUCAUUGCCACAUCACACACACACACACACACACACACACACACACACAAGAAGGUUAAAAAGAACGGACUACUGGAAAUGUUGAGAAGCGACUGUAUGAGUUAUCUACAAUUACAGUAACACACUCUUCUCUCUGUCCAGAUUGACUUGGAGAGUAUAUUUGCACUAAACCCAGACGUGGCCCCAGAAGAGGAGAUCGCCCCCGGACCAGAGACCCCGCCCCCACCAACGCCCACCUCUGUGAAGGUCAACAAGAUCCCCAAGGUGAGCCCGUUUUUUGGGGUCUUCUGUUAUGGACUGCUAGUAUAACCACUGCAGGGUGAAGUCUGCUUGUGCAGUGUGUGUCCUCAGAGGGCCGCUGAUGGAGUGGCAGAAAACCACUGAACAGAACAAAGGAUGCUCCAGUAAUAAGAAGUCAUCUGAUUCUCAGUAUUUGUCUAUUUUUAUAACCCUUAUUUUGCAGUCAUGCAAGUUAGAAGUGUUCUACUCUUCAGGGUUGUGUUCUAGCGAGCUGGGUAAAAUCUCUCUCGUAAGCCAUGAUUACUGUUUAAUCCUCAUGUACUUCAAUUUAUUUUGUCAAUUUGUAUUUAUUUAUUUUAUUUCACCUUUAUUUAGCCAGUUGAGAACAAGUUCUCAUUUACAAGAUAAAGCAAAGCAUUGCGGUAAAAACAACAACACAGAGUUACAUAUGGAAUAAACAAAACGUAUAGUCAAUAGCACUAGAAAAUCUAUAUACAGUGUGUGCAAAUGUAGUAAGUUAUGGCGGUAAGGCAAUAAAUAGGCCAUAGUGCAAAAUAAUUACAAUUAUAAAUUAGUAUUAACACUGGAGUGAUAGAUGUGCAGAAGAUGAUGUGCAAAUAGAGAUACUGGGGUGCAAAUUAGCAAAAUAAAUAACAAUGUAAAUAACAAUAUGGGGAUGAGGUAGUUGGGUGGGCUAAUUUUAGAUGGGCUGUGUACAGGUGCAGUGAUUGGUAAGCUGCUCUGACAACUGAUGCUUAAAGAUAGUGAGGGAGAUAAGUGUCUCCAGCUUCAGAGAUUUGUGUAGUUCGUUCCAGUCAUUUGCAGCAGAGAACUGGAAGGAAUGGCGACCAAAGGAGGUGUUGGCUUUGGGGAUGACCAGUGAGAUAUACCUGCUGGAACGCAUACUACGGGUGGGUGUUGCUAUGGUGACCAAUGAGCUAAGAUAAGGCGGGGAUUUGCCUAGAAGUGAUUUAUAGAUGACCUGGAGCCAGUGGGUUUGGCGACGAAUAUGUAGUGAGGGCCAGCCAACGAGAGCGUACAGAUCACAAUGGUGGGUAGUAUAUGGGGCUUUGGUGACAAAACGGAUGGCACUGUGAUAGACUACAUCCAAUUUGCUGAGUUGAGUGUUGGAGGCUAUUUUGUAAAUGACAUCGCCGAAGUCAGGGAUCGGUAGGAUAGUCAGUUUUACGAGGGCAUGUUUAGCAGCAUGAGUGAAGGAGGCUUUGUUGCGAAAUAGGAAGCCGAUUCUAGAUUUAACUUUGGAUGGGAGAUGCUUAAUGUGAGUCUGGAAGGAGAGUUUACGGUCUAACCAGACACCUAGGUAUUUGUAGUCAGACCCGCCGAGAGUAGUGAUUCUAGUCGGGCAGGCGGGUGCAAGCAGCGUUCGAUUGAAGAGCAUGCAUUUAGUUUUACUAGUGUUUAAGAGCAGUUGGAGGCCACGGAAGGAGUGUUGUAUGGCAUUGAAGCUCGUUUGGAGGAUUGUUAACACAGUGUCCAAUGAAGGGCCAGAUGUAUACAAAAUGGUGUUGUCUGCGUAGAGGUGGAUCUGAGAGUCACCAGCAGCAAGAGCGACAUUAUUGAUAUACACAGAGAAUAGAGUCGGCCUGAGAAUUGAACCCUGUGGCACCCCCAUAGAGACUGCCAGAGUUCCAGACAACAGGCCCUCCGAUUUGACACAUUGAACUCUAUCUGAGAAGUAGUUGGUGAACCAGGCAAGGCAGUCAUUUGAGAAACCAAGGCUAUUUAGUCUGCCAAUAAGAAUGCGGUGAUUGACAGAGUCAAAAGCCUUGGCCAGGUCAAUGAAGACGGCUGCACAGUACUGUCUUUUAUCGAUCGCGGUUAUUAUAUCGUUUAGGACCUUGAGCGUGGCUGAGGUGCACCCAUGACCAGCUCGGAAACCAGAUUGCAUAGCGGAGAAGGUACGUGGGAUUCGAAAUGGUCGGUGAUCUGUUUGUUAACUUGGCUUUCAAAUACUUUCGAAAGGCAGGGCAGGAUAGAUAUAGGUCUGUAACAGUUUGGAUCUAGAGUGUCACCCUCUUUGAAGAGGGGAAUGACUGCGGCAGCUUUCCAAUCUCUGGGGAUCUCAGACGAUAUAAAAGAGAGGUUGAACAGGCUGGUAAUAGGGGUUGCGACAAUUUCGGCAGCUAAUUUUUAGAAAGAAAGGGUCCAAAUUGUCUAGCCCAGCUGAUUUGUAGGGGUCCAGAUUUUGCAGCUCUUUCAGAACAUCAGCUAUCUGAAUUUGGGUGAGGGGGGGGGGACAUGGGCAAGUUGCAGCGUAGGGUGGAGAGCUGGUGGCCGGGGUAGGGGUAGCCAGGUGGAAAGCAUGGCCAACCGUACCAAAAUGCUUGUUAAAAUGUUUUAUUAUCGUAGAUUUAUCGGUAGUGACAGUGUUUUCUAGCCUCAGUGCAGUGGGCAGCUGGGAAGAGGUGCUCUUAUUCUCCAUGAACUUUAGUGUCCCAAAACUUUUUGGAGUUAUUGCUACAGGAUGCACAUUUCUGUUUGAAAAAGUUAGCCUUUGCUUUCCUAACUGAUUGUGUAUAUUGGUUCCUGACUUCCCUGAAAAGUUGCAUAUCGCGGGGGCUGUUCGAUGCUAAUGCAGUACACCACAGGAUGUUUUUGUGCUGGUCAAGGGCGGUCAAGUCUGGGUGAACCAGGGGCUAUAUCUGUUCUUAGUUCUGAAUUUUUUGAACGGGGCAUGCUUAUUUAAGAUGGAGAGGAAAGCACUUUUAAAGAACAACCAGGCAUCCUCUAUUGAUGGAAUGAGGUCAAUAUCCAUCCAGGAUACCCGGGCCAGGUCAAUUAGAAAGGCCUGCUCGCUGAAGUGUUUUAGGGAGCGUUUGACAGUGAUGAGGGGUGGUCGUUUGACCGCGGACCCAUUACUGACGCAGGCAAUGAGGCAGUGAUCGCUGAGAUCCUGGUUGAAGACAGCGGAGGUGUAUUUAGAGGGAAAAUUAGUCAGGAUGAUAUCAGAGGGUGCCCAUGUUAACAGAUUUGGGGUUGUUCCUGGUAGGUUCCUUGAUAAUUAGUGUGAGAUUGAGGGCAUCUAGUUUAGAUUGUAGGACGGCCGGGGUGUUAAGCAUAUCCCAGUUUAGGUCACCAAGCAUUACGAACUCUGAGGAUAGAUGGGGGGCAAUCAAUUCACAUAUGGUGUUCAGGGUACAGCUGGGGGCUGAGGGGGGUCUGUAGCAAGUGGCAACAGUGAGAGACUUAUUUCUGGAAAGGUGGAUUUUUAGAAGUAGAAGCUCAAACUGUUUGGGCACAGACCUGGAUAGUAUGAUAGAGCUCUGCAGGCUAUCUCUACAGUAGAUUGCAACUCCGCCCCCUUUGGCAGUUCUAUCGAGAUAAGCCAGGAUUCAGACACUGCUAGAACAUCAGGGUUGGCGGAGUGUGCUAACGCAGUGAAUAACUCAAACUUAGGGAGGAGGCUUCUGAUGUUAACAUGCAAGAAACCAAGGCUUUUGCGGUUACAGAAGUCAACAAAUGAUAGCGCCUGGGGAGCAAGAGUGAUACUGGGGGCUGUAGGGCCUGGGUUAACCUCUACAUCACCAGAGGAACAGAGGAGGAGUAGCAUAAGGAUACGGCUAAAGGCUUUAAGAACUGGUCUUCUAGUGCGUUGGGUACAGAGAAAAAAAGGGGCAGAUUUCCGGGCGUUGUAGAAUAGAUUCAGGGCAUUAUGUACAGACAAGGAUAUGGAAGGCUAUGAGUACAGUGGAGGUAAACCUAAGCGUUGGGUAAAGAUGAAAGAGAUAGCAUCACUGGAGGCACCGAUUGAGUCGGUCUCCGCGUGUGUGGGUGGUGGGACAAAUUAGCUAUCUGAGACAGGUUGAGCAGGACUGGGGGCUCUACAUUGAAAAAGUAGUUAGGCUAAACAGAUAAACAGGAAGGGGUACCGUAUAAAGGAACAGUCCAGCAGGCAUCAGCUGUGUAGCUGAGUGAUCAUAAGGUCCAGUGAACAGCAAUAAGUAAGUCCGCUACAGGCGAGCAGGAGGAACGACUGUUGAUUGCGUGUGCUAGCGGGCCGGGGCUAGCAGAUGGAUCUUCGUGGUCGUCGCAACGGGAAGCCUGUUGAAACCACAUCAGACGAUUAAGUCGGCAGACCAGUCGUGAUGGAUCGGCGGGGCUCCGUGUCAACACUAGGAGGUCCCGUCCGGUUGACAGAGAGGGAGAUGGGCCUGGCUCGAGGCUGGCUCAAGGCUAACUGGGGUUAGCUUCAGGACAGUGGUGAUUAGCCAACAACGACAACAGCCAUUUGGUUGUAGCUAGCUAGUUGCGAUGAUCCGGUUUUAAGGUCCAGUGAUUCAGUGAUUCCGGCAGAAAAUACGAUAGCGCGAUGUGCAGACUGGCCGAUAAUUGUCCAGGGAUAGAGCUGGCUGGUGGAUAGUGGAGGCCACGGACAAUGGUGAAGACCGCUAAUGGUGGCUAAUAGCAAUACAUGGAUAAAAAUGUAUGAAGAAAUAAUAGAAUCCGUUCCACAUUGGGUGAGGCGGGUUGCAGGAAAGUAUAUUUAGUUAAAGGAUGGAAAGUGAGAUUGAGAAAUAUAUACGAAAAAAAAAAAGAAAAAAAAAACAGGCUAUUUACAUGAGGACACUACAGAAAACACGACCGCACUGCUAUGCCAUCUUGGAUUGCAUCUUACUUCCAUCUUUUGUGCUAUUUUGCAGAACCGACGAACAAUAGCACCCGCUAAGAAUGACACUCCGUCCAGGGAUAACAGAGGUGUGUGUGUGUACCUGUACCUCUUUAAGGAAUACCUGGAAUAGUAUAACAGUAAUCCUUCUACCCCCCUCCCCCCACCCCCCCAUAAAAAAAAAAAAGAAAAAGGUGGUUGUCCCACUGGCUAUCCUAAGUUGAAUGCACCAAUUUGUAAGUCGCUCUGGAUAAGAGCGUCUGCUAAAUGACUUAAAUGUAAAUGUGUGUAUACAUAUUUCUGACCAUUAACAGUUCCUUUCAUUUGUCUUGGGUGCCAUGUUGCUUAAUUCAAUUUAAACAGGCCCUCUUGAUUUGCAAUGUUUGUGAUGUGUACAAUAUAACUCUCUAACCUCUGACCUGUGAUGUGUUGUUGUGCUGGGUUCCACAGUGGUGUCGACCAGGGCCAGACCAGCUCAGCCCCAGCAGCCAGAACCUGCUCCCCCUCCCCCCGUUCAGCAGCCAGCCCAGCCCGCACAGACAGCCCAACAGUUAGCCAAUGGUAGGAACUACCUACAUCCAUUAAUGGGGGAUUUACAUUUUGAGUUAUUUAGUCAUUGCAAAAACGGAAUGUUCUGUCAUUUUCACCCUCCUAAACAGAAUUUGAUAAAGUCUUGAUGUUCCUUAUUUUCUAUGUUUUGUCGAUCAUAUGUGUAUCACAGAAGCGUCAAUGCAUCAGCUAACAAGAAAGGAGUUUGGACAGCUUUGUAUGUAUCAACUCUCCCAACCCCAAUGGUUUAUGUUGUUGUGGAACCCUGCUGCUUUCCUCUGAAGAACCUGUAGUUUGUGAUUAUUACUCACCUAAAAGGCUAUAUUCAAAGCAGGGAUAGGAAAGAAUAAAUGCAAUCCAGCCAGGAAUUUACAGCAGGAAAAAAACCAGAUCAUAGCGCUGCUGUUCCCCUUUUAAAUUCCACUGAGUCUCCCUCACACACGCAUGCAUGCAUACAGUGCCUUCAGAAAGUAUUUAUUUCUAAUUUUGUUGUUAUAGCCUGAAUUUAAAAUGUAUUAAAUAUAAACUCUGCCUAGGUCAGCAUCCCGAAGUCGCCUCUUCACUGUUGACGUUGAGACUGGUGUUUUGCGGGUACUAUUUAAUGAAGCUGCCAGUUGAGGACCUGUCAGGCGUCUGUUUCUCAAACUAGACACUAAUGUAUUUGUCCUCUUGCUCAGUUGUGCACCAGGGCCUCGCACUCUUUCUAUUCUGGUUAGAGCCUGUUUGCGCUGUUCUGUGAAGGGAGUAGUACACAGCGUUGUACGAGAUCUUCAGUUUCUUGGCAAUUUCUCAUAUGGAAUAGCCUUCAUUUCUCAGAACAAGAAUAGACUGACGGGUUUCAGAAGAAAGUUAUUUGUUUCUGGCCAUUUUGAUCCUGUAAUCGAACCCACAAUUGCUGAUGCUCCAGAUACUCAACUAGUCAAGAAGGCCAGUUUUAUUGCUUCUUUAUUCAGCACAACAGUUUUCAGCUGUGCUAACAUCAUUGCAAAAAUGGUUUUCUAAUGAUCAAUUAGCCUUUUGAAAUGAUAAACUUGGAUUAGCAAACACAACGUGCCAUUGGAAUACAGGACUGAUGGUUGCUGAUAAUGGGCCUCUGUACGCCAAUGUAGAUAUUCCAUAAAAAAUCUGCAGUUUCCAGCUACAAUAGCCAUUUACAACAUUAACAAUGUCUACACUGUAUUUCUGAUCAAUUUGAUGUUAUUUUAAUGGACAAAAAAAUUGCUUUUCUUUCGAAAACAAGGACAUUUCUAUGUGACCCCAAACUUUUGAAUGGUAGUGUAUAUAUAAUUCCACUUUGACAUUAUGGGGUAUUGUGUGUGCCAUUGACACAUUCCAAUCCCCAAUUAUUAUUUUCCAGGCUGUAACACAACAAAUGUGGGAAAAGUAAAGGGGUAUGAAUAUACAUGCAUACAUGCAUGCAUGCAUACAUACACACACAGUAGCCUGUGGUGCUGCAGUUUUCCCUCAGUAGGUCCUAGCAGAAACAAUAGUAUUUUGAAUUCCCUUCCACUCCCCCUUUGAGCGGUUAUCUGCCACCGCCAAUGGAAUCCGACGGAGACUUCCUCGUAACGUUCUCUCACUCCCGUUCCCGCCGGCCUAGCCUGGCUCUGACCUGGCCCUGCUCCCCCAGAUUACUGCAGAUUAUUAAUCCCUGCUCUCUGCUUUGAAUGACAAGCCUGCAGGCGUUCGGUGGCCUGUAUGCUGGAGGAAGGGUUGCUGUGGUGCUCAGCUGGAUAUCUUUGGGUCUGGUGGAAUCAGAAGGGGCUACUGACCCUCAUUUUAUACUGUCCUCUUUUCUUAAUCGGAUAUGGGUGUUCAAAUUAUGAAUUGGGUUUCUAAAUUGUAAUAAUUGUAUUGGGUAUUUCUGUGUGUUUUAAAGAGUCAAAAACUAAUGUGAGGGAGGAUUUAUGUAACUUUUGAGGAACCUAGACUGAAAGUCCCCUAUGUACUCAUGUCUCUGCUUUCCCUAGUUAGGAAGCAGCAUCUGACUGUUGUUGGUCAGUCAAGAAGAGCCCUGUAGUAGUGUAAUAGUAUAGUAAAAUGAAUGGUUAGCAGGGAGCAGCAGGAUCAGACAUAAAGCCCUUUAGAGAUGCAGAGUGGAUGAGAGCUGGAGGCGGUGUGUGUAGAGCUGCUUUCCCCCUGGGUGCUAGCUAGGCCCAGUCCCCCAGCCAGACACCACUCUGUCUGAACAGCCCUAGAGUAGAGGAGGGAAACACCAGCAGAUGGAGAGAGGAAGAGAUCCCUUUAAAAUAGGCUGAGUGUGAGGAUGUUCUGUGAAAGGCAGCAUUUGUGACGGUCUUUCCUGUUCCUUUGCAUGCGUUUUCCUCUGGCAGCGAGGAGGAAGUCCAACUGUGUGAAGGAAGUGGAGAAACUGCAGGAGAAGCGGGAGAGACGACGGAUACAGCAACAGGAGCUGAGAGAGAAGAAAGCACAGGUACAGGGGGACUCCUCCUCCUUCCAUCCUCUGACCCCCCUCCCUCCAUCUCUUCUCUAAUAUCUGUGUUGUUUUUUUAUGAGGAUAAAGUGAGAGAAUUGGCUCACUUAUUUAACCUCCCUAUAGACGUGUUAGUCGUUGAACACAUUGUCUUUAGUGAUUACUUGCAAAAUGAAUGAAAGAAACAGUUAUGACACUGUUCAAUGUAUGCUAUCUCAGGAGGUGGACACCACCAUCCCGAACUAUGAGAUCCUGUAUAUGAUCAGAGACUUCCGUGCCAGUCUGGACUACCGGCCGCUGUCCACCGCAGACCUGGUGGGUACAGACAACUCUGCUCUCUCUCUGUCCCAAUAGAGGAUAACCCACAACUGCCUGAUCAAUUUGUGUUUUUAUUUUGUCAGAUUGAAGAGCACAGAAUAUGUGUUUGUGUGAGGAAACGUCCACUCAACAAGAAAGGUAAGGAGGACUACCUUCACAUCAAACAGAGCCUUCAAUCAUAGAUGAGGAACGGAUCAUGAGUUUCCCUACAAUGAGCCUUUGGAAGGUCAGAAUCUGUCAUAUUCCGGUAUUUCCUUAUGGCCGGCGCUCAGGGAAACCGUCUUCUUUGUAUCCUUUCGUUAACAUGGCUGUGUGUGUGUGUUCCAGAGUUGACUAUAAGGGACCUGGAUGUGAUCACCAUCCCCAGUAAGGAUGUGGUGAUGGUCCAUGAGCCCAAGCAGAAGGUGGACCUGACACGCUACCUGGAGAACCAGACCUUCCGCUUUGACUACGCCUUCGACGACAGCACCACUAAUGAAAUGGUUUACAGGUCAGACAGAGAGCAGGCUGUUGUUGCAGUAAAACAACUGUUUUGUUUGACGUGUGGUAAUGUAUGUUUUUACUGUAAUUCAGUCCAGGAGGAAUGCUUGCAUUGGAUUAGUCUGUGUGUGUAUAGAAAGUAUUUUGAUGGUUUGUGUUUGUUAGGGUUCAAGUGUGUGUUUUUGCUAGAUAGUGUGUACCCACACACACUGAUGAUUGGAUGUGUGUGUUUCCCUUACAGGUUUACUGCCAGGCCCCUGGUGGAGACUAUCUUUGAGAGGGGCAUGGCCACGUGCUUCGCCUAUGGACAGACUGGUAGUGGCAAAACACAUGUGAGCCAGACACACACACACACACACACACACACACACACACACACACACACACACACACACACCAGCCUCCUCAUCGUUGGCUGCUGAUUCAUGCCAGUUAUUUCAACACUCAAUUAACAAUAACCUACAUCAGCGACAUCCAA